CUGUUAUAAUGCAACUGUUAUGUCUGCAUGAUCCUGUAGCAAUACAAAUUAGCUAAAUCAAGGGCAUCAAGGAUAGGGCCUAUGGAGCCCCCAUCAUUCAGUCCCAGACCUGGGAUGGGUCCUCAAGUGGUGCUUACCUGGCAGGUCCUGGACAUGUGCCACACACAGUUCCUACUCUGGAGUCCACUGUGCAUACAGCAUCAACGCAAGGCCAGUCUGGGUUGUCCCCACUUUUCUCCCCCACCCACCUCUUACGUGCUGAAUCUGAUGCCUAUUUUGGCUGGUCCAGGAUGUGAUCUGAGUGUGGCAUCCUCUCUGGCGGGUCUGGGGUGGGGGGGGCCCACAUUGCAAAUGGCACCAUCUGGCUGGAGCAGAGUGCAGCACAGUCCCAGAGUAGCCAGAAUGGGCCCUGGAUCUGGUAUGCAAAGGGGAGAGCGGGAGUGGGGGGAAGGGGAGUGGCUGUAGGCCUUAUCUGCCCCACAGAGAUAGCCUCACACUUUGUCUGGCCUGUGGACCAGUCCCAUGCCAUUCAUCUGGCUCGUGGGUUGAACUAAAUCACCCUAAUUUUGGCUCUGAAUGAAGCAGGAUUAAAGUUGGAGCAUUUUUGCUAGUUGGAUCACUACAGAAUUAUACAGACAUAACAGUUAUAUUUUAACAACUUAUAUUGGUAUUGUUGUUGCAUCAAUUGUCAUACCCUUAGGUUGUCGACAGAUCAAACAAUUGCAGAAUUUUAAAGAGGGAGGGGACUUGGACCUCAUGACUAUGUUAGCUUAUCCUAUGGAACUGUGUGCGUCUAUUCCUGUUCCACAAUAAGUGAAGCUAAACUAGAACACUUUACCCCAGAAUGAAAUUGUUUCUAAAUCGCAUGGUAUGAUGUCGUCUUACGAUGAUUUAGAGAGGACGCACAAACCACUCGCAAUCUAUCACAUCUGAAACUUAGUGAGGUCUUCCCUUUUUUCAAUUGAUAUAAUUUUCAACUUUUUUUUCCUUACCCCCUCAGCCAUGAAAAAUGCUUUGCUGGUGACCCUCUAACACAUGUAUUAAAAAUACAGGUGCAGGGAUGAAAGGUGAGAGUGAGAUGAAUUCAAGGACACUAAAUCUGUUUCUGGUAUACAAUCUUGAAUUUACACAAUUAAGAUUCCUAAAGCUUGAUAUUAGAUUAUAUUACUAGUAAAUUGUAUGAGACAAUAUAGUGUACUUGCAUGAAAAACAUGUUAGCAAAGCUAUUAGCUUGAAAAGUAUUAAGUAUUUUAAAUUUAAUACAAGAGGAACAGAAAAUAAUAUAGUGCUGUUUAAAGAUUUAAGGCCCAUAUUUGCAUGCUCACCAUGCUAAGGGUGUAUCUUGGACUAGCACCCUGUAUUUCAGCAGUUGUGCAGAUGAAUCAGUAAGUAGCUAGCUAGAUAGUGCAUAAUCAUUUUUAUUCAGUGUCAUGAAAACUUGUUCCUCCAGUGCAACUAGUCCAUUACAAGCAGCGCUACAAACUCGGUUAACUAAUUUUUGCUAGUACAGACGAGGUCUAAAUGCUUUCAUUAUAAAGUACGUGUUUCUACAGUUCCGAAUGUGCAUGGCUGACUUCGGUUGUUUGAAAUUAUCCAGUGUAGCAAAAACACUUAGUUUAAUUUUGAAAAUAACUACAUUCAUUGUACUUUUUAAGCAAGCCUUGUAUUUCUCUAUCGUAUAACAGCAUCAUUUUUUUUAAUCUUUCCUCUAGAGUUGUCCUGAAGGAUUUAAAAAAAAAAUUGUGCACCGAGUUCACUCAAUCUUUAAAACAGCAGAACAGUAAAUGUUAAACCCCUCAAGCCAGGAUUUCAAGUGGAAGGCCUAACCCAACCCACCCUUAAUCACAGUCACAUUAUCACAUUAUUAGAAUUCCAUCAACAUAUGUUACAUAAGGCCUAGCUAGCCCAUCUUUCAUGUGCUAAAUAUAAAUGUGCAUGAACAGCAGAAACAUUUUGCCUAAUAACUGAAUCAGCUAAAUGGAAAUUGUUUAUCUGGAUGUUGAUCAAGACCUAUAGUUAAAUUGAAUCAUAAUUCCAUUCAUCUCUCUACUUUUGGAUGUUUUGUCAAUUUCAAACAAUGUGGUUUGUUUAAAAAGUUAAUUAUUCUGCUUGAUACACUAGCAAAUGUAUUUUUAAUUGGUGUGCAAACCAAGGAAAUCCAUUAUGUCAUACCAUAAUUUUACUUAAUUUCAAUAAACCAUUUUCCUGUGUGCAGAAGUAAAAUGGUUAGUAAAAUACUGGAACAUUAAGCACACGUUUCUGCACUGUAUUACAAAACAGCUUAUUGAGAUUCUUAUAAAUAUUUUGUGCGUAUAAUAGCAUUGCAAUUGGCUGGAUGUCAUUCAGAAGUUUCAUGAUUUAUUUUGUUGGUUUUGUGUAGCUGAAGAAAAAUUACACAAGAGAUUAAUUUUCCAUUUCUUACUGAUUUGUUACAUAUUUAUUAACUGUGCAUAUUAUAACAUUAAAGGUGGACCCAGGUCCAAAUGCCACCCAACUUUGGAAGAAUUCAGCUCUAAAACUUUCCAGUCCAGUGCUGUUUGGGUGCAGUGUACUUAUUUUUCUUGAUAUCAAAAUAAAAACUUUGGCCAGGGCCCCAAGGUAUCUCCCCGAAUUCUUUAAGCCCAAUCAGUAACCAAACCCAGUAUUUCAAAAGACGUUCUAGUACUUCUAAGGAUGCCAAGGAUUCAUUUUAAGCUAUCGAUCCCAUCACUCACUUGAUUCUUAGGAUGCCUAUUUGUUUGCAACCCUUUCCAUGAUUUCCUUGCUCCUUAUUAGGGAAAAAAAGAAGAUCCCUUCUCACUCUGAUCCUGCUGAUAUUGCAGAAAAUACCACUCCUUAGAACAAGUGGUGCCGAAGGGAUUGUCUGUAUAACAGACAUGGCAUAUUUUGAACUCUCUCCCUCUUCCCUCUAAAAAGGUGUCUCUGGCUUGAUAUCUCUUAAUUUCUAUUAUCUUUUCCCAUCAGCUUACUUAACAUCACAUAUUCCACUCAUUUUAAUUAUAUAGUCACAUAUUUAUCUCAGUACCAGUGUCUUACAUAAGUUUUUAAAUUAAUAAUAGAAAUUUAAAAUAAUUUAAAAGUGUUAAAAGCAUUGGAGAACCUCAUGGGCCAGAGGGAGGCAGGCUGAAAAUAAUAUGAGUAAAAGCUUUAAACAUAAAGGAAAAUCAUACUGUAUUUACUUAAAUAUAAGCUGAGGUUUUUUUCCCCCAAUUAGCAUGGGGAAAAUGCCCCUUGUCUUGUAUUCCAUAGGAAGUGGAGGGGGAAGCAGGUGGCUGCUGUGGCUCUGACUGAGCUCUGGUGAGGGCCCAUCAGACCCACAACAGCCUCCUGACUCACCCCCCAUUUCCCCUCUGCAGCUUGUGCCCAGCCCACUCCCUUCACUCUCCCUGACUCUCAGGUGCAGCUGGGCUCCCACUGGUCCCCCUAGCUCAGAGCACAAGCCCUGAUGCUGCUGCCUGGGCAGGCAAAGGCUGAGCUUCCAUGUGCUGUGCUCCUGGAUGGAGCAGCCCAAGAAGUGUCUGCAGGGUGGGGGCAAGGCAGAGACUGUGAGGAAUUUGGGGGGGGAAGAAGCUAUUGAGAGCUGAAAGCUGUGGGAUGCAGGUGGUGGGGCAGGAAGGCUGCAGGGAGGAAAAUGGGUGGGACAAAGGGCAAGGGCGCCACCUGACCCCUGCCCUCCCCCCACAGCCACUGCUUUCUGUGCUGUAGCAGUGGGGGUGGGAUUUAAGGCAGCCCUUCAAUUUUUAGGUUCUAUAGCUGGCAAAUUAUAGCAAGUUUAUAAUCUUUCCAUGUACAGAAUCUAAUUAUUGGGAGUCAUCUUGUAUUUGAGUAAGUAUGGUAAUAUGUUUUUGUGAGAGCAAGACUAGAACCAAACACAACCCUGAGGAAUCUCUCAGAGGCACUUCCUGACAUUUUUUGUACCUUUUCAGAACUAACCUUUUUUUCCAUUUCACUUCUAGAAACUACAAUUCUAUUGGAACUUUUAGUUGUGAAUAUUCAAUAGUAUCAAGUCCUUGAUUGCUUUCUUGGCAAAAUCUUACCCCACUUCUGUAUUUGUGGAGAGCCUUGACUAUAAUACAAGUGUGGUUCUCUUGCAAGAAAAAAAGAAAGCUUGAAUCCCCUUAACAGCAGGGAGCUAUUCUUCAUAAGGCUCUUCCUUAUAGCAGCAUGGAGCACUUCUUGGGUACUGACCUUCACCCCCCACUUACAUAACUGAUGGGUACAACUCCAGUGAGGGCUGUAGUAGUGGCAGCAAAAUAGGAGGUAGAAACUUAUGUUACCAAGUACAUGCAGCCCAAUUGUUCAGCUGUUUAAAAUUUUUAUGGACAAUUAACUUACAACAUUUUAAGUUUAAUGCAGUUUUUGCAUUUCAUGUGCUCUAUAUUGAUGUUUCAGAUGCAUAGAUUCAUGCAGAAGGAUGUGAUCCUGUUUGUUUCCAGUUGGAGAUUAUCCCUCUUAAUCAUACAAUGUCUAGGUGUGCAUUUUCAGAUUUGUUGACUCAGUAAAACUAAAGCAUUAAUAACCAGUACCAUUAAGCUUUAGUCACAGUAUUUUAGUUGUAGCUUCUUGGGUCUGCAAGAAUCCUCGUUGUAACUACCAUCCACGUCAAGUAAUGACUCAAAAAACUGUACUCAUUACCGGUUGCUCCUCAGGAAUUGGACUGGCCUUGGCUAUAAAACUGGCCAGGGACAAACAGAAAAGAUUUAAAGUAUAUGCCACAAUGCGGAAUCUGUCCAAGAAGGAGAAACUUGAAAAAGCUGCAAACAACAUAUUGGGUAAAACCCUGGAAAUAAAACAACUAGAUGUCUCUGAUGAAGAGUCUAUUAAAACAUGUGUCAAUAACAUCCCUGAGAGGAGAAUUGAUAUCCUAGUUAGCAAUGCUGGAAUGGGGCUCAUUGGACCUAUAGAAUGCCAGACCAUUGAUGAGAUGAAGACUGUGAUGGAUACCAACUUCUUUGGACUGGUUCGACUCCUGAAAGAGAUUUUACCUGAUAUGAAGAAGAGAAAAAGUGGACAUAUAGUCAUAAUAAGCAGCGUCAUGGGAUUACAAGGUAUUUUGUUUAAUGAUGUAUAUGCUGCAUCUAAGUUUGCUGUGGAAGGAUUCUGUGAAAGUUUAGCCAUACAGGCACUCCAAUUUAAACUUCGGCUAAGUUUGAUUGAACCAGGACCUGUGAUCACAGAAUUUGAAAAAAAGGUGUAUGAAGAUGGAAUGAAAAUGGACCUUUCGGCUGCAGAUGAAGAAACAGCUCGUAUGUUUGCUGAUGUUUACCUUAAAAAUUACAAUCAGAUUUUUCAAAGCCUGGGACAAAGUGCUGAGGAAGUUGCAGAGCACACGGUAAAGAUAAUUCUUACAGAAAAUCCACCCUUUCGCCAUCAGACCAACACCUUGUAUACCCCAGUAACAACUCUGAAAUAUGCUGAUCCAAACGGAAAUCUACCUAUUGAUAGCUUCUACAAAAUGGUUUUUCAUCAUGACAGAAUCUUCCAUGCAAGUCUUAACUUUUUCAAACUGCUGAGAUGGAGCAGUAGAAAGAACAUUGCAUCUAUUUAGUUGAUAUAUCAACAUUGGCUUAUUUUGAAUUUAAAGUUCCCAGACCAGUAUUUUGAAGAUAAAUGCUCUUGCCAGAUCUGUUGUUAAUAAUUUUGGUUAUCUUCUUUAUGUACAGUUGUGCCUCGUAAAAAUAUUAGACUUAUGACUAUCAAUAUUUUGAAUGUCUGUAGUCAACAUUUAUUGGAAUUAAAAGUGAAACCUCCUGAGAGCAGUACAAAAAAAUCUUAUUUGUAGAACCUUAUUGUAAUAUAUAAGUGCUUUGCUAAUAGUCUCAGGGGUUUAGGUUGUAGCCGUGUUGGUCUAAGGACAUAGGCAGACAAGGUUCCUUGGGUGAAUUUGGUAUCUUUUAUUAGACCAACCCAAAUAGUUGGAGAAUAUUUAUUAAGCAAGCUUUCGGAUUCAAAAACUCUUCGUCAGGCUAAGGAAGUUUCAGCAGUUGGUGUGUGCUCUUCCUAGUGAUUCUUGAAUCACCUACUACCACCUAGCUCUCUAAUACUGUAUUUUAGAGUGUUAGAACAAGCUUGUUGUUAAUAAUAUAAAAGAUGUACAGAUUUUUAAAAUUGUCUUAAAAUAUAGUAACUGGAAAGUUUAAACAACUGAUGUGUGUUUUAGUUUUUGUAUAAAUAAAAGAACAUUGAAUGUGUUA